CCACUGAAUAGGCUACUGAAUAGCCUACCUGUUUCAUCAGAAGUCGGCAUUACAGUCCUCAAGAGGUCCCAAGGGUCCAAGUUCAUCUACCUCCACUAGGCUCUGCGGGCACAAGCCAGUGGGUAUACAUCUCUACAAAUCUGUGAUAUGGUAACAUUAUCGGGAGCUGUCCAUGCUUUUAACCUAGACUGACCUACACCGGUAUUGCGAAGACGCUUCAUUCGUUUGCUUGUGUUUGAGAGUUAAGAAACAGCCACUGGCCUACUCCGAAUUUGCAGAAACGACAUCACGUCAUAAUAUUCCAGAUACAAUUUUCACCGUGGCUGCCACCAGAGAAAGCGAGUGCCAAGGACUGUCACGAGGAUAUACAUUUAUUUCAAGAAAUAUUUGUGUGCCUUUACCUGAUCGUCUUUACUGCGUAACCUACUUUGACAUCAAGCAAGUACCUGGACACUUUUCAAAGUGCCACACAGGAUUUUGCACAGAGUUUUCCAGCACAUGAUGUACACAAUUACAAGGGGUCCCAGCAAACUUGUUACGCAGAGGAGAACAGGUCCAACACAACAGAUUGACAACAAAAUAAACGACUUCAAGCACAAACAAACAUCUUGGACAACGACAAGCUCCCCUGCUCCCAAGCUUGUGUUUAAUGGAUUAAACAAGAAGAAACUCAACACACAAACUACACCACAAGCAGAUGCACAACCUGAAGGAUUCACCCCCUCUCAUGAAGAGAACGUCAAGUUUGUAUAUGAAGCCUGGCAGGAGGUGGAGCAGCAGUUGGGAGAUGCUGUGGCUGCCGGGGACCCAGGAGCAGGUCUGGGACCUGUGCAGUACUCAGAGAAGACUCCCAAUCCCCAGCUGAAGAAUUUUGUGCCCAUUGAUCUGGAAGAGUGGUGGGCCCAGCGUUUCCUAGCCAACAUUGCUAACCUCUCAUGAUUGGCUGAGAGAAGAGAUGGCCUAGGAGAAACCAGGGCGACUCCCCGAGUGUGGUGUGGGACGAAGGCUGAGCGCUUGUGAAGAAAGGAGGAGAGUCCUGCGCGACACAGAGGCAUGAAGGCCUUAGGGAAAAGCUCUAGGCCACCACUGGGACUAUUGCGCAUUGCCACAUCUGAACUCUGACCCCUUUUAGCCUUUUAACUCUAGUCUCUCAACACUAACCGCUGUCCUUUCGGCCAGUCAGCAGCAGGAGGAGGGUUGAUAAAUGUUUUUUUUCUUUUCUUUUUUUUUGUCAAUUAUUUUUUAUUUUGAACGUUUGUCAACCCCACACUGUGCUGAGAUAAAAUGUCUGUAUUACUUUGAAAUGCAGUAAAUGUGUAUUUUCAAAA